ACGUGUAUGGGCUGAAUCAGCUGACGAUCCCGGGACUUCCGGUCCGAUGUUUUUAAGCUGAAAUUUGGCGUAUGUUUUUGUACUCCGCGUCUGAAUAAAAGUGAAAGACAAGUGAAAAAACCCGUGAAAAGUGUGUCAUCUGUCCUAGGUCGCAGUUGGACGCAGACCACACAGUGAAUGCUCGUCAACCGGGAAACCAAUGCAGAGUAGGAGCAGAGAAGCGCUUUAAAUUCUACUUCCCUCUCGUCUCAUCGACGGGUAGCAAACUGUUUAUAAACAAUGACCACUUCGGACAGCGAGGAGGACUCGUACGACGAGAGGAGCGCACUGAUGUCGUCCGAGACGCCACCGGUUCCUUCUUACCAGCCUGAACAGUCUGACCCGGAUCCGAGCGCCCAGGGGCCCGUGUUGCGGAGGGCGAAGAGUUCGGAGCGAGGGGCGGGACCAGAGCCGGAGCUAGACGAGGAGGAGGAGCUAACUCUGAAGUACGGCGCCAAGCAUGUGAUUAUGCUGUUCAUCCCAGUCACCCUGUGCAUGGUGGUCGUCGUAGCAACCAUCAAGUCCAUCGGCUUCUACACGGAGAAGACUAACCAGAGACUGAUCUACACCCCCUUCUCAGAGGACGAGGUCUCAGUUGGGCGGAGGCUUCUCAAUUCCUUCCUGAAUUCCAUCGUCAUGAUCAGUGUCAUCGUCGUCAUGACGAUAUUCCUGGUGAUGCUCUAUAAGUACCGCUGCUACAAGUUUAUCCAUGGCUGGCUUAUCCUCUCAUCCCUUAUGUUGCUCUUCUGGUUCAGUUACCUUUACCUGGGGGAGCUGUUCAAGAACUAUAACUUGGCGAUGGACUUCCCCACGGUGGGGGUCCUGAUCUGGAACUUCGGGGCGGUGGGGAUGAUCUGCAUCCACUGGAAGGGCCCCCUGCAGCUGCAGCAGGCCUACCUCAUCAUCAUCAGCGCCCUCAUGGCCCUCGUCUUCAUCAAGUACCUCCCAGAGUGGUCCACCUGGGUCAUCCUCGGGGCCAUCUCCAUCUACGACCUGGUGGCCGUGCUGUCCCCUAAGGGGCCCCUGAGGAUGCUGGUGGAGACGGCCCAGGAGAGGAAUGAACCCAUCUUCCCUGCUCUCAUCUACUCCUCCGGCAUGGCGUGGAUGGUAGGGAUGGCCAACCCUGCAGAAGGGGGAAGACAGCAGUCAGAUGCAGAGGCCCAGGAGGCCGGAGGCUCCCUGGAGGCCGAAGACUCCCCAGACCCCCCCGCUGGAGCCCAGGGGGCGUGCCCUUCAGGGGAGGACCAGGAGGAGGAGAGCGGGGUGAAGCUGGGUCUAGGGGACUUCAUCUUCUACAGUGUUCUGGUGGGGAAGGCAGCAGCCACAGGAGGAGACUGGAACACCACGCUAGCCUGCUUCGUAGCCAUCCUCAUAGGCCUGUGUCUGACCCUGCUGCUCUUGGCCAUCUUUAAGAAGGCUCUGCCGGCGCUGCCCAUCUCCAUCGCUUUUGGCCUGGUGUUCUACUUCUCCACAGACUACCUGGUCCAGCCCUUCAUGGACAACCUGGCCACAAACCAGUACUACAUCUGACCUCUGAUUGGCUGCUAGAACAAACUAAAUGUUUUUGAUCGGAGCAACUCUUGUUUUUCAUCGGGGGGGCUGGACGGACGUGAAGAAUCUAUUUUUUCCUAACUAAAACCUGCUGGAAUGUCUUUAACGUCUGGUUCUUUAAUCAUCCUGGAGAAUAUUCUCUGGAAGGCUGUUGAAAUCAAACGACCUGAACCUCUGCUAUCCUCUUUGAAGUAGUCUCAUCACUUAUUUAACCCUUAACAUAAUGAACUAUUUUCAGACUAACAUUGAUUUGAUGUAUGGUUAGGCUGCUAGUGAGGCUGGUCUCCUCUGACCACAAGUGUUUUGCUUCUCAGUUAGUUGGUACCAGGCUAACGGUUUAGCUUCUCAUAGCUUGCUUGGUACCUGGCGUCGGGUACCUGCAGAUCUUCCCCCUGGUCUGGUUUUGAAGACGUCGUCUGGGGUUAGAUCUCUAUCCAGGUGUAUUUUAUAAAACAGACAUACGGUGCUGGUGAGGCUUUCACACUGAGAUGUUAAUAAAGUCGAGUCCUGACACCUAA